AUGCGGCCCACAACUCCCAACUUCAAUUUCGCACAAAGUGUCGGCCCUUCAUCACCACCCGAGACACCGACUCACUCAACCUUUACAUUCGCGACUCAACGACAAACAAUGAACUUUGCUCGUUCCUCUCCUAAACCAAAUGGGAUCAUACCUAAUGGCCCGGGAUCCCCCUUCAACUACAACCGACCUGAAGACCUAUCCCCACGAUCCACCUCUCCCUCCUCUGAAUCCUCGGGCAGCGCAAGUCCACCUCGAUCAGAAAGUUCUCAAUAUCCACAUUCACCUCUCUCGUCGCCUAUGCGCAGACCAUCGCGGAUAGUGGAUAAGGGCAACUUCACACUGGAGGAAAUUACAGACAGCGAUCUCGAAAACUACGAUUGCGAUGAAGAAACCAUCAUACGGCCCCACCAAUACGAAGACGCCGAGCCCGAUCGAGGACACAUUGCGCCCGCAUCUACGCCAACAGAACUUGAUCCGCAUUUCUUGGAUGAUCUCCGCGAUCUCACCGCACACGACUGCACAGAGGCUUUCAAUAACGAAGAUCAAGAUGGCUCGCCAUUGGACGAGCAUGAAGCUUGGGUACAACGAAAUCGGGAGGAAAGGCGGCGUCGACGUCGCAGUUCAGCUACUGUACAAAAACGCUCAUUGGCGCAAAGUAUUGGCAGUGAUACGGACGAUGAGGAUUUACAGCCGGAUCAUCUAAGCGCCAAUGAGGCGGGAUCUAGUGCCAGGAGACUACGAAGGAAAACCUUCAAUUACGGGGGUGAUCGGAGGGCGAGUCUCAUUUUUGACGAUCCAACCCCUCGGAUUCCAGAAUUGGAAGAACCGGACAGUUGCGAGGAAGUAAUUGAAGAUGAUACCGAGUUGGAUGAUUUAAGACAGUUACCAUAUUAUGUCUUGCAGGAAAGUAUGGAUAUUGACUCUUCCUCUUGA